AUGGAUGAGAAGCGACGUCUGCCGCUGCACCAUCGUCCUCGCGGCGCCUCCGCCGCCGAAAUGACCGCUCCUGUCCGCCGACGACGCACCACCCGCCUCUGGCUGCCAAUCCUCGCCCUGCUCCUUAUCGGCUACAGCCUCCUGUCCACGUACAGCGUCGACGUCCGCGGCCGCCUCGACAAGCUGUCCCACGAGGCCAAGGCGUCUGCCGCCAAGGCCGUCGCCGGCGGCAGCAAGCACAAGGUGCCUCUGGAGGCGCACAUCAUGAGCAAAUGCCCCGACGCAAGAGAUGCUCUGCGACAGCUUAUACUUCCUGCCAUGCAGCAGGUCUACGACAAGGUUGACUUUAAACUCUCAUAUAUUGGCGCCCUCGACGGAGACGACGGCGUCAAGUGCAAGCACGGCCCCGACGAGUGCAUGGGCAACAUAAUCGAACUCUGCGCGCGCGAGCUCUAUCCCGAUCCCAAGAUCAGCCUCGGCUUCGUCAUGUGCCUGACCAAGGACUACCAACAGAUUCCCGAGCGGUCCCUAAUCGAGGACUGCGCCCUGGAGCACGCCAUGGACAUCAAGAAGCUCAACGAGUGCGCCACGCGCGACGACGGCGGCCACGGCAUCGAUCUCUUGCGCAGCAGCGUGCAACAUAGCGGCAAUCUCAACGUCACCAUCAGCACCACCAUCCGUCUCAACAGCGAAAUAUACUGCAUCCGCAACAACGGCGGGUGGGAGUACUGCCCCCACGGCUCCUCGGUUAACGACCUUGUCCUGGCGGUUGAGAAGCUGGCCUGGCAGUCUUGA